UAUGUCAGCGCUCUUUUUAUAUGAAUUUUGAAAAAUUAACCAUAGAACAUGAUGAAGAAUUUGUGAAAAGUGUAUCAUUCAAAUUGAUUGCUUCGAAUCGGCAUAAUGCCAUAAAUGGUUCUUUUGUAUUUGCCGAAGACAUCAAUGAGUUUCAGAUUUCAAAUCGUAUCGUAUCACGAAAACUCAAUGGAAGAUAUUGGCAGUUGUAUAAUGUGUCCAUCAAUGGUUGCCAUUUGUUAGACAAUUCUAUGGGGAAAAGGAAUCCCAUUUUUGAUGUAGUUAUGAAAGAAGUUCGGAAGAGCAUCAGAAAUCUACCCAACCGAUGUCCCAUGAAAAAGCACACGAAAAUUUCCGUAUUGGAUUUUCACUACAAUGAGGAAUUAUUUCCACCCUAUAUGCCGAGCGGAACAUUCGACAGUUGGUUUAUGUUAUCGUCUAAAAAGAAACUGCUUAUGAAGAUAUUCACAAGCACCGAAAUUGAGGCGAGGAACAGUGAAAAAUAUCGCAGGAGAAAACUUUAAUGA